CAACACCGAACAUUGACAACCCAAAAUGCAAUCAUGGCGCACGGGGUACUGUGUUUGUAGAAUGCUGAGAAGUUUUUACGUAAACACUUCAUUAUUUUGCGUUUUGAUUGGUAAAAGUUUUAUAAUAAAUUGUCCUUAUAUAGCGAAGAAUCUAAAGAAGCAUACUUAUGUGUUCUAAGAUUGAAGUUUUCUCUUGUCCGCAAUAUCGUCUCUGUACUACUAGACACUUGCAGAUAACUUUGUUGGUGUCAUAAUGUCAGAGGCGUACGCUCGUGAGAUACUACGAAGGAAUGUUGCGCAAAUAUGUCAAACUAUAGGAUGGAAUGGAAUAAACUCAACGCCACUGGACAUUUUAGUUCAUGUAUUAGAAAAGUAUAUUUGUGCAUUGGGCACCCAAGCUAACAGGCACGCCGAGGAGUUUAACAGGACUGAACCAAAUUUACACGAUUUAGGAUUAGUGUUUCGUGAUUUACAUGUACAGCUGCCAGAAUUGGCAGAGUACACCCGCUGUGUUCCCCCAGUACCACCUCCUGUCAAAACAGAAAAGUUUCCAAAACCAAAAGAAUCAAACUUGAACUUUCUUAAACCUGGUAGUCAUGAAGUUGUCACAAGGCCAAUGCAUGUGCAUGAGCACUUGCCUCCAAUGUACCCAGAAAAGGAAAGGGAUACACCUGUUGUUGCGGGAACUGUUGAGAUCUGUCAGAAUGGUAUUGAUAGUAUUGAAAAUAAUCCUUCAUGUGCAAGCCCUGAAAUAUCUGUUACAGACAGCCCAGAAAAACCUAAAGAUAUAUUUAAAAGACCAAAUGAUCCAAUUUCAUUACCAAACAGUAAAAGGCCUAGAAUACGGUUGGAUGAGGAGGAAAGAACGAGAGAAAUUAGCAGUGUAAUGAUGACCAUGUCAGGUUUCUUGUCUCCAGCACGGGAAGGUAAAUUACCUGAGGCUAGACCACCAACACUCAUAUCAGAAAGACAUCAUGAAAAACAUAAAACUAAUUCACAUCAUUCGAACGCAAUGAAACCACCAUUGGUAGAUAAAUUGGAUAAGAAAUCAAAGAAGAAUAAGUUAUUGAAUGGAAAAAUUGUGAAAAGUAAAAGAAAAGAUAAGAGUCAUAAAGGUGAAAGUAGUAAAUCUAGAGAUAGUAGUAAAUUGGACAGGUUUCCACCUGGUCAUCUUACACAGAAAAAUAAAGAUGUACAUCUAACACAUCAUAAUCAUGUGACAAUGCCAGCGCCCAAGGUAUUGCCUCAAGCAAAACCAACAAUGUUGCCACCAACAACAACACCCUUGGUGCCACCACAAGUACCAGAACCAUUAAGACCAGUAAUUAAGCAAGAACCUAUUGAAACACUUCCAUCUCCAUCUGUUUCUCGAAUUAAUUUCAUUCCCGGGGAAGAAGCAAUACCUGUACCCAGGAAAAUACCUAUUUCUAAAUCUCCACUUGUUUCUAAUUCUUUACCUGUAAAUAAACAUCCAACAAAUUCACAUAUAUCAGAUGUAGAAAUAAAAAAGGAGGUAAUUGAAGAAGAAGAAAAAUUGGCUUCACAGCCUGAUAGAUCAAAAAUUAAUAUAUUUAAAAGAAUAUCGAACAAAUCUAAGGAAGAUAAAGGUUCUUCUGAGGUUGUGUCAGAAAAAAUACAGCCUGAAAGUGUGAUCUCAAGGUUGCAGAAUUCUGCACAUGAAAAUAGUAGGUUGAAGUCUGAUGAAAACAUAGUGAACAACAAUAAUAGUAGUCCAGUAGAUUUGUCUAAGGAAAUUGAUAUACGGGCCCAUGAAGUAAUUAGUAUUGAUGAUGAUUCCAUGGACAAUUUACCAAUGCCUCAGUCAAGACCAUUGUUAUAUGACCCAAAAACGUCUGGGCUCACAAUUAAUAAAUCACUUCAACAAUCACUACCCAAAGAUGUACCUAGUGCGAGUCCAAAAUUAAAAAGAGAAAAGAAACAUAAAGAUAAAAAAGAUAAGGCUGCAAAGCUAGAAGCAAAACUUAAGAAACAACAACAACAAUUAGCUUAUGAAAUGGUGCAAAUGGCUGAUAAGAAGAAAAUGAAAUUUCCCAGUGAAAAAUCUAAAACUGGAAGGCCAAAGAAUGAAACAAAACUUCCACAAAUGCCACCAGGUUUUCCAUUCUUUCAUUCAAUGCCACCUGGGCGAGGGUUGAUGCCAGGUCCAGGUUUAAUACCUAAUGCAGGUCUAAUGCCAGGAGGUGAUUUCUUAGCUGGCUUAGCAAACAAUCCAGCAUUAAGGGGGCUUCCUUCACCAAACAUGUUGAACAAUCCAUUUGCUUUAGGAGCAGGACCAGGUCUUAUACCUGGGCCCAGUUUUAUACCUGGUAUACCCAACCAUCUUAUGCCUUUAGGCAACUUUUCACAUUCAUCAAGAUCAUCUGCAGUUAAACUUCCUUCAAUGUUUAGACGCCCAAGUUUAGAGGUUAUACCAGUAGACAAUGAUGAAGAUAGAAUCAUCCAUAAAUCGCCAGGAGCAAGCCGUGAAAAAGAUCGACAUGACAAGCACAAAUCUCCAACCAUUCCAAAUAUUCUACAAAAACAAAAAUCUAAAUCAAGUAAAGAACACAAAGCAAAUCUAUAUAAAAUGCCACCUGUACAGCCAGACAUAACAAUAGAGUUAAAUCCACCUAAGUCGGAACCAAUUCGACAAGAGGUACCGAGAGAACCACCCGCUCCACCGCCAGUACGUCUGCCUUCACCUGAAACAUCUACACCAGUCCAAAAUACAGAACCACUACACAUUGUUGAACCUACCCAUGUCAAAAUGUCAACCCCUGAAAUACCCAAAGAAGAGAUUGAUAGUUCAGAAAGGAAAAAAGACAAAUCACAUAAAAAAGAAAAGAGAGACAAGGAUGGUAUUAAAAUCAAAAAGAAGAAAGACAAAAAAGAUAAAAAUAAAGAUAAAUCGGAGAAGAAAAAAGAAAAAGAAGAAAGGCAAGAAAUCAAAGAUAGAAUUAAGAAAGAAAAGAAAGAGAAGAAAAAGGAAAAAUUAGCAGAUGGUUUAGUACCUAAACUAACAUUGAAAUUGGCUUCAUCUAAUUCAAAUUCACCUAUGCCACCUAGUUCACCUGACACAUUUAAGUUAAAUAUAAAACCCGUUAAAAGAGAAGAAGAGUCGCCAGUUAAAGAAGAGCCGGUAUCUAGAGAAAAUAGUAGAUCACCAGAGUUAGCGCAAAUAUCAGCGUUGGUAACUAGACCACCAAAACAGAAACAUUCAAAGCAUAAUCAUGUAGCCGAACCACAGGAAGCACAAGCUUCAUCGUCGCCGCCAGGCUCUCCACAACGAAAGAAUCGUCCACCGUCAAGUCAUUCGAAGUACAGAAGGAUAUUAAUAAAACCUUUAUCGAAAAAAGGGCAUGGGGAGAGUUUAGAUGAUGAUGCAGCUGCUGUUAUUGAAGAUGUUCCAACGGCGCCUGUAGCUCCGCCUGUAGCAGAUAAACCGAGUGGGACAUUGCCCACACCAUAUUAUGUUGAUGAACAUGGGAACAAAAUUUGGGUUUGUCCAGCGUGCGGUCGGCCCGAUAAUGGUUCCCCCAUGAUUGGUUGUGAUGGUUGCGAUGGGUGGUAUCAUUGGAUAUGUGUUGGUAUUACAGAAGAACCUGGAGCGACGGAAGAUUGGUUUUGCAAGUCUUGUCUCGCUAAGCGAACCGCUAUGGUCUUAGCUGGCGUCACCUCGGGCAAGAAACGGGGGCGAAAACCAAAAGGGGAAAAAGUCAGAGACUGUCAUUGAUACAGACUUUCGUUGUUACUGAGAUUAGUUUUAAUUUUCCGUUUUAUAGACGC